CAUCUUCAAUUACCUCUGCCACUACUCAUUCAAGAUAUUGUUUCUGUAUCAACAAGAUUUCUCUUGUUAUACAUAUUCUUUUUUGGUGCCCUUAACCUUUUUUCAAUGCCAAAUUCUUAAAUCCUUAUUAUUCCUUUGCUUCCUAAGCAUUUCCACCAGUUUCAGACCAUCUCUAUCUAGUUUCUAUCUUCUGAAAAUGGAAGCACCAGCAGAACCAAAACCAGAAGCUAAAGAACCAGAAGAACAACAACAUCUAGGACUAGAACCACUCAUGUGCAAGAGCUGUGUGUUGAAAGUCUCCAUCCACUGUCAAGGCUGCACAAGGAAAGUCAAAAAAGUUCUUCAGAGCAUAGAUGGUGUUUAUCACACAACCAUUGAUCUGAAGCAGCAAAAAGUAGUGGUAAUGGGGAACGUGGACAGUGAUAUUCUGAUUAAGAAGUUAACCGCGACGGGGAAACGAGCUGAAUUAUGGCCGGAAAUGGCAGAUGCGAUCAAGAAGAAGAAAAAGAAGAAGAAGAAAAAGAAAAAGAAGAACAAGGAAAAUUCGGAAAACAAAGAGGUACAGACUGAGCCAGAGAGCGGUGAAGAUAGCGACCAGAGCGGCGAUGGCAACGAGAAGGAAGCUAUCAAGGUUGUGGUUCAAGGCGGUCCUGAGGGCGGGAACAUGAAUAGAAAUGGGGGAACCUGUAGAGGCAGUGUGCAAUUUCAAGAGCUGAAGCCGGAGGUGAGGCACGUGAUGAUGUUACCGGCUGGUUAUCAGCCAUCGAUGGCAGCGGAGAAGAAGGUUACCAUCGGCGGUGAUGGUCAUGGGAAUGGCGGGGAUUGUGGAUACCCUCCAUCGCAUUACCAUGCACCAGCAUCUCCGAUGUAUCAUCAUACAAAAUAUCAUGAUCAACACAAUCCCAUGAGAUACAAUACAUCGUAUUAUACUACUCCAGAACCGUAUUCGAACGCUCACGUGUAUGAAGGUACUGUGCCCGAAUUGGAAAGUUUUACGUAUACGUCACAACCCUCGUCAUAUUCGUUCGAAUUAUUAAGCGAUGAAAAUCCUAAUGCAUGUUCAGUCAUGUGAUGAGUGAUAUGUCAGUUGAAUUGCAAGUUUGCAACUACCCUAGCCGACUUUCUUUUGUGAUUAGUUGAUAUUAUGAUGUAAUUAGCUUUUGUUAAUCUCAUGGUGCUUUGUUGAAUCUAAAUUAUAAACACCAGCUUUGUCAGCUUCAAA